UCAAGCUUUUCGUCCAACUAGCUUUCCUAGCAUUUUAAGCUGUAAGUCAUAUCGUGUGUCUUUAAAGAUAUGGUCCAGGAACUUAAGAUUUUUCUUCUUGAUUAAAAAAAAAAUAGGUUCAAUGUUAAGUCUUUCUAGUACUGCCUGAUUUAAUACUUUAUCUGGGCAAGACACUCUAAAAACGCUCCUGUAGAACCAAAUUUCAAAGACCUCGUUCUUUAUAAGAAGUUUUUUAUUUAGUGUCCAGCUUUCCACACCGUAUACCAGUACGAAAAGUACAUAACACCUUACCAUUCUAGUUCCUAGAGUCUUAAAACAAAUGCGGUACUGUUGAUAGUUUUUCCGUUUGACGAAGUUCGCUUGUUCAAUGCGUAAAUGAAUUUCUUCUAAAUGCUGAUUGUACUCGCUUUCGUCGCUAUGGUAGCUACCGCCUCUGCCUCCCACUUGGGUUUGGGUUUGGGCUUGGGAGGAUGGGGACACGCCGGUCUCGUCAACCCACAUGCUCUUAGCCCAAUUGGACCCUCUGGAAUCGUCACUGGAGCCGGAGCAGCCGGUCCCUCUGGAGUCGUAACCGGAGCAGGAGCCGCUGGACCCGCUGGAGUAGUUAACGGACACGGAGCUGUAGGACCAACUGGACCCAACGGACAUGGUGCCAUUCUUGCCCCCGGUGCCUUAGGAUUAGGAUUGGGAUUGGGAUUGGGACAUGCCGGUUUGGGUCUUGGACUCGGCGGAUGGGGUCAUGGAUUAGGAGCUGGCCAUUUGGGUCUACACGGUUAAAAAAUAAUUUGCAACAAAACGGAAUGAUCGUAAUUGGUGACUGUUUAUGGAACUGAUGUUAAAUUAAAAUAAAAUUUUGUAUAU